CGAGGUGGAGGCGGGCUGGCUGGCUGUUUGUUUCACGUCAGGCCCAGCACCAGCGGGGAUUGUCACAGUCCUGGAGUGGCUGCUCCGCUUACAGCGGCUAGGUGACGCUGCUCCGGUCGUGGCUCGAUCACAAUCCCCGGGGCUGUGACGAGGUGACGGCUCUGGCUGAAGUUGCUGCGAUAGGCGAGCCGGUCCUGUCAACUGCGGGAUGGGGUCUGAGGAAUGGAGCCUGGGGGAGAAGCUGCUGCAGGAGGCCGAGGCCGAGCCCGAGGGUUCAGUGCGGGUCCUGCAGAAGGGCAAUAGACGAGCACUGCCACUUUUCCAGAAACUUUGCUUUGCUGUGGGAGGUGCUCCAUAUCAAAUGACAGGGAAUGCUAUUGGUUUCUUUCUCCAGAUCUUCUUACUGGAUGUGGUUCAGAUGGAGGCUUUCUAUGCAUCUCUGAUUAUGUUCAUUGGUCGAAUUUGGGAUUCUUUCACUGAUCCUGUUGUUGGUUUCCUUGUCUGCAAAAGCAGAAGAACAAGAUUUGGCAAGUUGCUUCCUUGGAUUCUGUUUUCCAUGCCAUUUGGAGUUGCUUCUUAUUUCCUGUUGUGGUUCAGUCCUUCUUACACGAUGUCCUGGGAAUAUGGCUUCUUCUGGUACCUGAUUACCUACUGUGCCUUCCAUACCAGCAUGAGUUGUUUCCAUGUACCCUAUUCUGCGCUAACCAUGUUUCUAGGUGGUGAUCAGCAUGAUAGAGAUUCAGCAACAGCAUACAGAAUGGGAGUUGAAGUUGUGGCAACACUGGCAGGAGCUGCUAUUCAGGGGCAGAUUGUGGGAGCCUAUCACACACAAACUGUAGAAACUUGUCACAUGAUCCAGAAUGGGACAGCACUCAACGUUACUGUUCCACUAGUAAACAGCCUCAAUAACACGAAAUGGGCUUACAUGCUGGCAGCAAUGGUGAUCUGUAGCCUUUACUUUCUCUGUACAUUGAUUCUAUUACUUGGAGUAAAGGAACACACAGGUUGCUAUGCUCCCAAAGAACAUUCCCAUGUGUCAUAUUUGACAGGCUUGAAGCUAGUAAUGAGUCACAGACCAUACCUGAGCCUAACCUUUGGCUUUCUGUUUGUCUCAUUAGCUUUUCAGCUCGUCCAGAAUAAUUUGGCUCUGUUUUGUACCCAUGCUACUAGUUUGGGCAGUAACUUUCAGCACAUCAUCAUUGUAAUUUUGGUCUCUGCAACAAUCAUGGUUCCCUUCUGGCAGUGGGUCUUGGUAAAAUUUGGGAAGAAAUCAGCACUCUUUGUGGGACUAAUUUGGUAUAUUCCACCAUUGAUCACCAUUGUUACAGUUAAUGGUAACCUGCCAGUUAUUAUCGUUAUGGCCAUCGCCGCUGGUGUUAGUCUUGCUGUUGCUUUCCUGUUACCAUGGUCAAUGCUGCCAGAUGUUGUGGAUGAUUUUCGAGCAAAGAACCCUCAUUGCGUAGACCUAGAACCGCUGUUCUACUCCUUCUAUGUGUUCUUCACUAAAUUUGCUACGGGAGCUUCCCUUGGAUUCUCUACUUUGUGUUUGCAUUUUUCAGGUUACAGACCAGGUUCCUGUGAACACAUUCCAGCUGUGGCAAAGACACUGAAGGUGCUAAUGGCACCAGUCCCAAUAAUGCUGGUGAUCAUUGGUUUAACUAUAUUUUACUUUUAUCCAAUAAAUGAGACACGAAGAAGAGAAUUAAAAGUGGAGCUUGAAGGAGUUGUAAAAAGCAGGGAAGUGGAACUUGAAGAGAAUACACUUUAAAGCAAAAUGCACAUCCUUUGGAAGAUCUGUGACUUGUGCGGAUUCUGGCUUCAGGAAGAUUGAGAUGCAGAAUUCUUGGAAUACAGAUGCGAGGAUGAGUGGUCACCAAAGUGUGCUUCGUGUAAAUAACCAAAUCUGGUUCAUCAUUGAGCUGCUACCGUGAGACAUGGAGACCAAAGCAGACCUCAACAAACCAAGCCUUGCCUCAUGACCCAAUGACCAAACAGCCUGAAACUAAAAUAAAGGGAAUUUGUUCUUAGUUUUUUUUUAAAAUUUAAAAAAAAAAUCUUGUUUACUAGUUUGUAUCAAACCAUGCACUAACUCAUUCUUCUGCAUGCAGGAAGAGUUUAAUAAGAAUCCAUAGUGCUUUGAAUGAGAUGUGGGAGUUAAGGACAUUUCUUUUUAACUUUUGUGUGCUAUAUUUGACGAUCAUUGCAAAGGGAGAGAGUUUAAAAUGUAAUGCCAUAAAUGCUGGUUACAUUUUCAUUGUCUCGUUCGUAAAAGUUGGAUUUAAUAUAUAAUCACAAUUAAACAGAGGUAUGUGCAGUAAAUGAGUUGAACCACAGAAGCUGUCAGCAGAAAAAAUCCAAAUAAUGACAGAAUUUUGUCUGAGAAUCCAUGGUAGAGAGACCUUCAUCAUUGCAUGUGACUUUCUCCAGUCAAAUAUGUGUACAAGUAUAGGAAAAUAAUUUAUUAAUUAUGCAACAAGCAUUAACCUAGAUAUGUUAAAAGCAGUUAAUCCAAUACAUGCUGACCCAAGCACCGCUCAGCAUUGGACAGAAUCAUUUUAAAACUAUUUGGGAGAGCAAUGGCUGAGUCAGUGCUAUCGAUACAACAGAAUCCCAAACCCUCUUUAGUGCUCUAGUUUCUGCACUGAGGCAUCACCUGGUACUCUGGAGGUUAACAGUUCAUUUUUUAAUAUUAAAUUAAAUACCUCUCUGAAAAAUGCCACUGUACUUUUGCACAAUUACUAGAGAACUAGUUGGUAAAUGCACUGCAUGAAUGUGAAUGAGCAUGAAUAUUCUAUAAAAAAAUAAGUGAGUAAUAGGAAUGAGGAGGAUAUAUGUAAUUGGAUGUUUUUUUUUUGGUGAUGUUAUAGGGUGUUUAACAUUUUCUGAAGAUGAUUUAAGCUCUCGAUUUGAAGGAUGAGCCAUUUUGUUUUUGUCCUACAGUGCAGUUGAUGGUGAAUCUGAGAAUAUUCUGUUACUAUUGAGCUUGUUUUAAGAGGACUGAUGUAAUUUGUGUUGACAGCAGCUUCUUGAACAGGAAGCUGAUAGAACCACUUCCUACCAAGAUCCAUUACCAAUUUUAAAUACAAAAUGAAUUAAACUGCAUACUAUACCAGUAUAUAAAAUGAUCUAAGAGACUCUGUAAUCUUUCAAUGCUUCUCCCAAGGUUUCAUUCACCUUAUAACUUUAAUUAUCAGAUGUAAAUAAUGCAUCCUGAAAGAGCAAAACCAAUCUGACACACAAACCAUAGACAGAAGCUUAUCUGUUAUAGACUUCAAUAAAUAAUCCCGAUGCAGUCACCCAACCUCUGGAUUCAAAUAGGGAAACAUUUGAAAUCUUCAUGAAGAAACUUGCAACUUGUAAAUGAUAUGUAAAAAGCAUUGGGACUUAAUGCAGGGAGGCAGCUAUUGGCUGUUCCCAGUAAACAGUGUGAUUACUCAAAUGAGAGGGUGGAAGGAGCACUGUAUGUAGAGGAAUUAAAAAGUUCAUUAAUAACAACACUUCUUUGAUUGAAUCAGGAAGCAACCCAUAGUAGGACCACGGUGGACCAUGAUUUGAAUCUUAUCUCCACUGCUUAUGUUAGUAUUGAAUAUUCUUAGGAAGUAACAUGUAUUGUAAAAUUCUUCUGAACCUUUGUUCUUAAAAUCUGUUGUAAGUUUAUAUCAUUUGUAUUCUCUGUUUACAUGAUGUGAAUAUAUUUUUUGCUGUUCACAAGAUUCUCUAUUAAAUUUAUAACAUGUU